UGGAGGAAAGAUGGAAAAAAUAAGUGGGGGAGGUAUGAAUAACAUUCCUAAUACAGAUAUAGUUGCCCAAAUUGAGCGAGAAAUAAAAAGAAAGGAUAAAAACUUAGCUAAUACUGCUCGCAUAAUGUCUACUACUUAA